GAGCUAUAAUUUCAAUUUUUGAUAUAAGGUAGAUUAUUAAAUUAAUCAUAAAAAAAAGGUAACAAAAAUGUAUUGGAAACAAGUUCCAGUCCAAUCAAGUCCAAGAAAUAAAUAGUUAAAAAUCAUUCAAAUUCAGCAAGCUCAGAUGAAAGUAUCUUUAUUCAAAGGACAAAGGUACUUCCACCUCUUGUUUUAAGACUUAGAAUGAUAGAGUGAAAACAGUUGGUUGGAAUAAAUAAAUGAUCCAUGAAAGAAGACGUUAAAAACAGAGUAAUUUAAUUUUUUCUUAAUGAUGUCAGUUUAUCAAAAUGACAAAAAGGGGCCUUUUUUACUUUGUUUUUCUCAGUUUGGUUUGUUUGCUGAAACUCUGUGAAACUGUGUCAACAUCAUGAGACUCCUGAAUAUUCCCUCAAGAUGCAUAAUCAUGACUGAACUUUACUGCAUCUUGUAAAAAACAACAACAAGAGUUUCGGGAACUAGUAAUUUUUAACAGCUCACCACUUUCACUGUUACGUAAUAGUCACCAUUUCAUGAGAUGGCAGGAAGAAAGUAGUUUAUAUUAUAUUCUAAACAUUAAACUUGGACAUUGCUAAUUCAUAAGAAACAUUGUAACUGCACCAAAGAAUGUCACCUUUAAAAAGAACGAGCUAAAUAAAUAAAAGCAAGUAAAAUGGGAUAUGAGCGUGUUGAGCAAUAGCAAAAAACAAUAUUUGGUAAACACUAGUGGAGAUCUUGUAUAUUGAGAUUCUCUUAGCUUUCUCUGUAUAUAACAUUGAAUCAGUGCUCCUGGAAGCACCCACUCCUCACACGGGGGUGUGUCUUGGUGCAAGAGAGAAAAACCUCAAGCUGUCUCACCAUACAGCUUACUCUCUGUCUGAGUCACAUAAACCACAAGAUCAUCACUGAAACAGAGAAAGAGUGAGAUGGAGUAUGAGAGAGAGAGAGAGAGAGAGCGAGAGCGAGAGAGAGAGAGAGAGAGAGAGAGAGAGAAUGGAAAGAAGCCACCCCAGACAAAGAAAGUGAAACUGAAAGCAUAACAUGGCAGUUAUAUAAAGUGUACAUGAGCCUCACUGUAGCAUCAAGGCAUCUUGCUCAGAGUUCACUGCUGCUCCAAGAUGACUGUUUCUUGCCAGGCUCUCAUCCUCCUGUUCUGUACUCUGAUCCUCGUGGAGUCCUCUGCUCCAUCUCCAGUCCGCCAGAGGAACAAAUACAACAACUCCUUUCGCCUCACCAGGUCCACCCGAACCCGUGUCCAACAGCUGCAGAAGAAAUAUAAGGAGGAGCAGUUGGGGAACACGCAGUUUGAGGACAGAAGCCGUCAGUUAAAGGACCUGCCAACACUUUCUACGGAUUUCUACGCAUGGCUGAAUAUGACUGACUGGGAACGACUUCAUGCUGCUUUCUGUGACAUGCAAGCCUACUGGAAUAAGCUGGACAGGACGAGAAAACAAAUAGAGGGGAAGCAGCAGCUGGCCGGACAGGCGUCCCGGAUCACUUUACCUCGGAGAAUCAGGCACAUUCAGCUGGACCUGAGAGACUUGAUGGGCCAAGUCAGCAGUCAGAUGAGGUACAUGCAGAGCUCUUGGACGAAGCCUACCUCUCCAACGCAAUUAGACCCAGAAACCAGCUCCAAAACAGAGUGGGACAGCCGAGUGGAAGGUUACAUCAUUCUGAGGGAUCUAGACCUUUACCUCACCAAGCUGGCAAGAGACUUCCUCUUGUUGGCUUCAAACACACAUGUGUGACUCAAUACAGAAAAACUGUCACACAAAAAAGGUCACAAACAAAGGACAAAAAAGGCGAGUGCUGACUAGGAAAGAAAAUAGAAACAACUGUGAUCAAUGAAUCAGUCCUUUAAAGACGCUGUCAACACUUUGUGUGGAGUUAUCGUUUAAAGCUUUUUUUUUUUUUUACAAGAUGUUUUACUGUAUGUUUAAGGGCUUUCUUGGGUAUUUCCCAGAGUUUCUGUCUUGCCUCUAACUGUAAGUUAGCUCCCGGAGCCGAGAGAACAC